AGAUAUUGAAAUAGCCUAGUAGGAUUGUAGAAAACCACCAUGUCGGUUACGGAUUUGAUCAGUGCUCUCGAUUCCCUACCAAAAUUUGAAAGCGAAGUUAUCGUGAAAGGUUCCAAUUGUCCGGGCGUUCCAGAUUGGCUAACCGAAACUUAUUUGGAACAUGCAUUACAGAAAUUUUACAAUGAUCAAGCAUUGAAAAUCACGGCUCUAGACUUGCGGCCUGCUCUGGGAAAGGGCGAGAACUUUGGUGGAGUUCUUACCCGCCUCAAAGUGGACUUUCGCCGAGGCGAUGGCUCUUGUGCCACAGGACAUUAUAUUCUAAAGACAUCUUUCGAGGGUGAUGAGUUUGCCCGUAAAGCCAUGGAACCUUAUGAUAUAUUCAACCGGGAGAUGUCGAUCUAUGAGGAAAUACUGCCGAAAUUAAAGUCCCUUCUGCUAGAGAUCCACGAUGAAGAGGAAAUAUUUGCUCAGACCAUGACAGUAGACUACGAUCGAUCGGCCUUAGUGUUUGAGGAUUUAAAUGCUCGUGGUUUCGUAAUGCCCGAUCGUUUACUGGGUCUGGAUCUAAAAUUGGCACGGCUUGUACUCCGAAAGCUGGCCAAGAUGCAUGCCACUUCAGCGGUGUUAAAUGAACGUGAAAAUGGAGCCUUGGAAUCGUAUGACCGCGGCAUGUUUAAUCGUCAUACUGAAAACUAUGCACCCUGCUUUUUGGGUCUUCUGGCUGCAGCUAAACGAAGGGUUUCACAAUGGCCGGGCUAUGAGAAAUAUGCUGAGAAAUUGGAAUCUCUGUUGCCCAUUUAUAUGGAACUGGGUAAACGGGUCUUUGAUGUUACGCAAUCUCAUAUCAAUGUCCUGGCUCAUGGAGAUCUUUGGACUAACAAUGUCCUGGUCAAAUACGACAAGGCAUCUGGAGAGCCUUUGGACGUCAUAAUUAUAGAUUUUCAAUACUCCGCAUGGGGAUCUCCUGCCAUUGAUUUGUUUUAUUUCUUGAACUCUUCCCUGCAAUGGGAUCUACAUUUGCAUCAUCAGGAAGAUCUCAUUCGUUACUAUUUCGAUAUAUUUUCGGCUACCUUGCGUAAACUUCGCUUCAAUGGUAAUAUUCCCAGUUUAGUUCGAUUCCGUCACCAGAUACAAACAAAGGAAUUUUAUGCCAUGCACACAAGUUGCACUAUCUUUCCAAUUCAUCGUAAUGUGGAAACAGAGGAUGCCGAUUUUAACGCCCUAAUGGAAAACAAUCAACGGGCUCUUAAUUUUAAGGACGCCUGUCUUUCUAAUCCUGUAACGCAGCGACUCCUUAAAGAGCUAUUGGCAGUCUAUGAUCGAAAGGGUUUACUUGAUGCUAAUCAGUAAUAGCAAGUGUGAUAUACAUAAAAUAGGUUCGAUUUUUGUUUUAAUUUUCUGUAAGACUUAAAAAGAUUCUUGUAUUAAAUAUUUUAUUUUACUAUUUGAAUAAAUAUAUAUAUUCUUUUUUAAUUGGAUCUGUUAAAAAUUGAAGGAAAAUGGGUGGAAUCAUAAAAAUAAGUUU